AUGGCAGACUCAGGUACCAACAUGGAUUCUUCCACUGCACAUCAGUUUGACAAUCUGCUCAAUUUUCGCGAUGUGGGAGCUCACAUUAACACCAUCCUUGGUGCCCAAGCUCUCCGACCGGGUCUCCUUUUCAGGAGUGCUCGACCAGACAACGCCAGUGUGUCCGACCGCGACGUCCUGGUUCACAAGUACAAGAUCAAGACGAUCAUUGACCUUCGCUCCAAAACAGAACACAUCAAUGCAGCAAAGAAACGGUCUGAAGCUGCUGUGGCGGCACAACCAGCGGUGAUGCCUUCGUCUAACGAGAGCGUUGCUGAACCGGUCCAAAUACCUGGCAUUCGUUAUGCGCUCAUCAAUCUCAAUGGUAAGGGCUUCGAACGGCAUCUCAUCUGGCAGUUGAAGUACACCAGUCUCGCCAAAUUGGUGUUCUUGAUGGCUCUGGGCUACCGCACGCAAGGCAUAUCGGUGCUGGGAAAAGAAUUGAUGCUACCAAAGGGGCUCGUCGGCCUGGGAAUUGACACCCUCGACCACAGCCAGCCUGAGAUUAAGCAAGUCUUUGACAUUCUCGCCGAUGAGUCAGCAUGGCCUGUCAUGGUCAAUUGCACUCAAGGCAAAGACAGAACCGGGAUGAUAAUACUGCUGGUGCUGCUGUUGUGCGAGAUUGAUUUGGAUGCUGUCAGCCAAGAUUAUGUAAAGUCUGAACCGGAACUCGAGCCAGAGAAAGUGGAAAGGAUGAAAGAGAUUGAAAGUAUUGGUCUGGAUGAGUCGUUUGCCAAAUGUCCGCCAGAUUUUUGCGAGAAGGUUGUCCAGCACCUUGAUACCACUUAUGGCGGCCUGUCCACCUACCUGGCCCGAAUCGGCGUUUAUCCCGAGCAAUCCGAGCGUGUCCGAAGCGUUCUCAGAGUCGGCUCACCGUAA